AUGGUGUCUGGCAGUACUGAAACAUAUACAAACAGCACAGCCAACAUCCCUGAGUUUGUCCUCCUAGGCUUCCCAGGACUCCCUCCUCAGUAUUACGGACUGCUAGCAGUCGUUUUCUUCUUCAUCUACCUGGUUUUGGCAUCUGGGAACAUUUUCAUCAUUGUGUUCGUGGCCUGUGAGAAAAGUCUUCAAAAGCCAACUUACAUCAUCUUCUGUAAUCUUGCCAUAGCAGAUCUUGGAUUUGGGACUACAACUGUUCCAAGAAUCAUUUCUAGGUACUGGAUGUCAGACAAAAUCAUAUCAUUUAAUGCUUGUUUUACUCAAAUGUACUUUGUCCAUUUCUUCGCUUCUAGCGGCUCUUUUUUUAUGGCAUUAAUGGCCCUUGAUCGUUUUGUUGCCAUAUGCAACCCCCUCAGAUACCCAGCACUGAUUAAGAACUCCACUAUUGCAAUUUUUUGUUCUGUGGUUUGGAUUGCAAACCUUAUCUCAUUUGGUGCACUGACUGCACAGGCCCUUAGUGUGAUUUACUGUGGUCCAAACAUCAUAGCUCAGUGCUACUGUGACUACAUUUCACUAACUAAACUAGCUUGUGCAGACAUAACAACCAUAAAGGCCACUUCUAUUGCCGUUGCUAUGUCGGUGCUCUGGGGUCUCUUAUUUUUUAUCAUAUUUUCUUACAUAUCAAUCAUUAUUUCAGUCAUGAAAAUCUUAAGUAAGGAGGGCCAAUACAAAACCUUUUCAACGUGCACUCCUCAACUGUUUAUCAUCUGCCUGUACUAUCUCCCCAGAACUUUUGUGUAUAUGGCACAUACUUUGAGCUUUGAUUUGGGAAUCGAUAUCCACAUUAUGUUAACAAUGAUGUACAGUCUGUUUCCUGCUCUUAUCAAUCCAUUCAUAUACUGCUUUAAAACCAGAGAAUUUAAAGAAGUGCUAAUGAAGAAAUUAAAGCAAAGACAAGCGGAAGUGGAUGGAAAACUUACUUUAACUUAA